CUUAUGCAGCACGAUCGGCUUCUCAGCGCCAUCGUGUCUCUUUCACGUUCGGAUCGCCCCAUUCCCUCCAGGAUGGCGACGAACGUCUUAUGCAUCACGAUCGGCCCCUCAGCGCCAUCGUGUCUCUUUUCACGUUCAGAUCGCCCCAUUCCCUUUCAGGAUGGCGACGAACGUCUCUUAUGCAGCACGAUCAGCGCUUCAGCGCCAUCGUGUCUAGCUCACGUUAGGGUCGCCCAUCCCUUUCAGGAUGGCGACGAACGACUCUUAUGCAGCACGAUCAGCGCCCCAGCGCCAUCGUGUCUGGCUCACGUUAGGGUCGCCCAUCCCUUUCAGGAUGGCGACGAACGUCUCUUAUGCAGCACGAUCAGCGCCCCAGCGCCAUCGUGUCUGGAUCACGUUAGGGUCGCCCAUCCCUUUCAGGAUGGCGACGAACGUCUCUUAUGCAGCACGAUCAGCGCCCCAGCGCCAUCGUGUCUGGCUCACGUUAGGGUCGCCCAUCCCUUUCAGGAUGGCGACGAACGUCUCUUAUGCAGCACGAUCAGCGUUUCAGCGCCAUCGUGUCUAGCUCACGUUAGGGUCGCCCAUCCCUUUCAGGAUGGCGACGAACGUCUCUUAUGCAGCACGAUCAGCGCCCCAGCGCCAUCGUGUCUGGCUCACGUUAGGGUCGCCCAUCCCUUUCAGGAUGGCGACGAACGUCUCUUAUGCAGCACAAUCAGCGCCCCAGCGCCAUCGUGUCUGGCUCACGUUAGGGUCGCCCAUCCCUUUCAGGAUGGCGACGAACGUCUCUUAUGCAGCACGAUCAGCGCCCCAGCGCCAUCGUGUCUGGCUCACGUUAGGGUCGCCCAUCCCUUUCAGGAUGGCGACGAACGUCUCUUAUACAGCACGAUCAGCGCCCCAGCGCCAUCGUGUCUGGCUCACGUUAGGGUCGCCCAUCCCUUUCAGGAUGGCGACGAACGUCUCUUAUGCAGCACGUCUGCCCCUCGGCGCUGACAUGCCCGGGUUAUCGAUGAGAGCCACCGCUUUCUAUCACAUCUCACAUUCCUUCUCUCAUACAUCGCACCCAUACAUUACAUGCAUUCAUGCAUUCAUGCAUCAUACCUCAUACAUUCAUACAUACACAUGUGCAUCGUGUUUUGACAGUACCGCGACAUCGGUUUAUAGACGCAUGGACCUCUAAGCUUCUCCGAUUGGAAAGCUCGAGUCAGAGUCCUCUACUCUCGCCUGAUGCAUUCAGGGGGAGCGUGCCCGUGGAGGAGCACCCUUCGCCCGACCAUGUCGGAAAGGGGGGUGCCUCACUGGUAGAUUACGUUCAGGAGUACAGACACUCACUCAUAUAUUAUGAUUAUGUGAAGACACAGUUUCCAGCAAGACAGAGGAAGAGCGCAGGCAGAGUAUAUUUUCUCGAGCAGAUUCGCGAGCUCACUACUCAAGAAACUGGGGGACUUGUGUUGGGAUAUAUUAUCCCGGCCUAUUACUGUUCAGGAGCCCAAGACAUUAUCCAGUACGGAGCCCGAGCAGCUAGGCCCAUUUCGGCCCAUCCGGCCCACUUUGACCACCAGGCCUGAUAUCGGCCCGUUUGGCCCAUUAGGGUGGAGAGCCCCUUCUCUCCUUCCCCUAUAAAUACGGAGCUUAGCCUCCAUGUAAAGGAUCCC